AUGGCCCAAGAAGUCGUGGAGCUCACCCAAGAGGAAAUGGAUGCCGUCAUCUAUGAUUCCAGAGAAGGAGACUUGGAAACAUUGAAAGAGAUUUUUGACGAGAUAGGAGCUAACACCUUGAUGACCAUUAAGGACGACAUAACAUUGAGUACACCUUUGCAUAUGGCUGCUGCCAACGGGCACUUGGAGUCUGUGAAGUAUCUUCUAUCGAUUCUUUCUAAGGAAGAUGCGCUCAAAUUGGCAUCUCAGAAGAACGAAAGCGGUAACACCGCAUUGCAUUGGGCUGCUUACAGUGGCCAUUUGGAGAUUGUCAAAUUGUUGUGUGACGAUUACAAUGUAGAUCCAUUUGAAAGAAAUGAGUCGGGCCAUGAUGCCAUCUAUGAAGCUGAGAACAAUAACCAGGCCGAAGUUGAAAACUGGUUCUUGAAUAAGUAUGCUGUAGAAGAUGACUUCAAGGUAGAAGAAGAUGGCGAAGACACCAAGAUCACAUACACCCCUGGAAGCGAAAGUAAAGAAGCAGACGAGAGGGCUGCCAAGGCU